AACUCCGGAAUCAUAAACUUUGAAAUUUUGGUUUUCUUUCGCUAUAAUGGCAACACUAAUGCCAUUUUUGAAGAACACCAUCAGAAAAGUGACAACAAAAACAAAACUUUAACUUACCGGAGUGCGGAGCAGUAAAGCCUCUAAUUCAUUAUGGACAUUACAGAGAAUAUGCCUCCAGCGCUAGCUAGGCAACUGUUCGAAAAAGGAGCGUUCCUAAUAAUUGCCGGUGUUCCGGAGAAAACCGAAUUCGGCAUCGAUUUGUGCUCGUACUCUGUUGGUGAAAAGUUUCGUGGAGUGAAAAUGAUUCCUGCCGGUCCACAUUUCGUUUACACUGCAGCACAAGGUCCGUACGGAGACACUGCAUCGCGCAUUGGAUUCAUACACUACUUUAAAUCACAAGAAAUCGUUAUACGAGAGUGGGACAACGAAAAAGAGGAGCUGCGGCAACGCACCAGCGGUAACGAAGACGAAGAGGUCACUCGAAUUCGCUGCAAUUUACGGGAGCUGGAUAGCUACUUGGCGCCAUACGAUUUUUCUUCGCUAGCAAAAUGGAACAAUUUGACGAAUCAUAUGACCGAGAUGACAAUCAACCGAUGUCUGCCAGAAUGCGGACUAAUUCGACCAUCCGUCGAAUUCGAGUCGUGUUCGAAUGAAGAGCGACCGAAAGGCAAUACCAUCGCGACAGGACAGAGAAUCAACAGACUAGCGAACGAUGAAGACGAACUGCUGCCGAAAUUGAAAAUAGUUCCCGAAACAGCGCCCAGAUUCACUCAACUUCCCGAAUUGUAUCCAAAACACCUCACAACACAGGAAAUCUCAUUAGCGCACAUGGAUGCGAUUCUGGCUGUCGAUCAAUUGUUCAGUCAAUUUCCGGAAAGCAAUCAUUUGCUGGAUGAAAUUCAAUUUUCUUUCGUUUUGUAUCUGGCCGGCUAUUCGACCGACUCGCUGGCCCACUGGCGUAGAAUUCUGGGAAUUUUGGCCAAUUCGGAAGCUGGUGUCAAAAAGAACAACAAAUUUUAUCGAGAAUAUUUGGAUGUGAUGCAGUAUCAACUGCCGGAACUGCCCGAGGAGCUGAUGGAACCAACGCCACGCAACACAGUCUACAGAGAUGUUCGAAAUUUGGUCAAAAACUGUUCGUUGUGUGAUCUAGACAAAGAAGCGGACUACUUGAUGGCAAACUUAAGCCAGGAAAUGGGAUGGACCUUCGAUGGUUUGUUGAGUGAAGAUCCCGAUGAUCUUCCUGUUGUUGUAGAGAUGUGAAAUUGGUUUAAAAUAAAAACAAGUUUCGGCAGAUGUGCUG